AUGCGAACACGAAGAUUAAGGUUAAAGAAAUCUUCUAUAAUCAUUCAGGAGAAGAUUGCUAGCCCUAUUCAACCUAAUUCGGUCUCGUUACUGGUCAAAAAAUUUGAUUCUGAUGUCAAUUCUUCUGAGAUUAAGGAUGCGGACAAAACUGAUAAUAUCGAUAAUGGUGGGAUUGGGAUCGAGAAUCCUUCCAAUGCUUCUGUAGUCAAUUUCUUUGCUCCUUCAAUGGCUCCAUUGAUUAAUUAUCCCCCCAUUAAGAAGGAGGAAGAAUCGAUUGAAGGUCUGAGCUCCCCUGUUCGUGAAUUUGAAAAUGAUAUUACUCAAUUAUGUAGUCCAGGAGAGAAGGAUGCGAUGAUGCUUUUUUGGAAUGGAUUAUCUACGAAUGAGAAAGAAGGAUUUGUACAUGGUUUAAGGUUUAUCAAGAAAAAAUACAACAAUGAAGGUGAGAUAGAUUCUUCUUUUGAUGAUUCAAUUGAUAAAAUUAGGAAACUCUCUUCUGUUAGCCAAAGGAAUGAUAUCCUGAUGAAUUGGAAAGAUCUUAAUCAAAAGCAGAAGGAGAAGAAAGUUGGUGAAACAGUGUUAAACAUUAUCCCUGAAGGAGUCCCUGUUUCGAACUGUAAGGAACCUGUGAUUGUUGAUCUUCAGAAAAUUUGUUCUAUGCGGUCACAGGUUAAGGAGAAGAAGGUUAAAAAAAAGAUUGAAAUAGAUGAGAUGGUUAGUCAGCAGCUUGAACAAGUUUGUAAUGAAAUUGUCUAUCACUUUCCAAGGAAGUUUAGUCAUCUUGAAAUUGCUAAUGAUGGAGAAUUUAAAUUCAAGUAUGUUGAUGCUGAUGAGAAGGAGUUUGAUGCUCAAAUGAAUAUUGAUGGAAAGGAAGAGAUUAGAACAACAGGUUAUAAUUGCAAUGGUGGUCUUCUUAUAACUGAGGUGUCUUAUGCUGAAAAAGUGAGCGGGAAGAAACUUAAUGCUGCCAACCUUAUAUCGAAUGUUAAAAAGAAUGUUGAACUUCCAGAUGGAAUUGUGGAAAUGCCUUUAAGUGAUAUUCUUAAAGGAUGCAGCCCUUUCAAAACCACGCUCUAUGGUUAUUUUAUUGAUAAACAUGUUAAUUUUUUCAAUGUUAACAAGUUUGCUCACAAUAUGUGGAAAAAAAUAUGGUCUGGAAGAGGGGGAGUUUGGAUGAUCUUUGAUAGUGCUCUUAUUAUUCGAAGAUGGACUACCGGUGUUAGUUUAGUUAAAGAUCAGAAUGACAAGAUUCCUGUGUGGAUUGGAAAACCAUUAGAUGUUGAUGCUCAUACUGCUAAAAUGUGUCAAGAGCAUUGGGGAAGACCGGCUUUCAUGAGAAUCUUAAUCGAAAUGUCUGCAGCUAAAGAUUGGCUUAAAGAGGUGCAUGUUUACUCUUCGGAUUUAACCACUGGUGACAUAAUUCUUUCUGAAUGUAAGAUUGAAUAUGCUUGGAAUCCUUCUAAGUGCUCUCAUUGUAAGGUUUAUGGGCAUAAGGAUUCUACGUGCGUGAUCUUAUUAGCUAAGGAAGUUAAAGAAAGUAAUAAUGUGAAUGGAAAUGAGAAAAAUAAGGAUGGAAUUAAAGUUGAUUUAAUGGAGGUUCUCAUUGCUAGUACAAAAAAAGUGGAAGAGGAUAAUGAAGGGUUUCAAUCUGUUAUCAAGAGAAAUAAGGGGAAUAACUCGGGUGGUCAGGUUAAGGAGGAAACGGGGAAAACGAAUCAGAAUUCGGUUCAGGGGCAAAAUGGGAAUUAUCAAGGAAAUGGAAAAAACGGGACUGGUAUUAAUGUUGGAAGUCAGGGGCAAAAAGGGAAUUAUGGUAUUAAAUCGGGAAAUAACAAUGGGGGGAAUCAAUGGAAUAAAGGAAAAGCUAUUCAGGGGUAUAAUGGGAAAAAUUACAGCAAGAUGGGGGCUGUUUCAGUGGAAAAAAGUAAUCAGGAUUCAAAACAGAAAGAGGAUAUGGGGAAAAAAGUUGACAUUGGGCAAAAGUAUGUUCCGAGAUCUGGUCCCGAUAUUAAGAUUAGCUCAAAUUUUGAUAAGAAAACCCAUUAUGACAAGGAUCUCGGUCCAGUGAAGAUUUUUUCUAAUAACAAGUUUGAUGUCUUAAAGAACUUGGAAGAGGAGAAUCAAUUUGUUUUUUCAAAUAGGGGUGUUGCAGAAGUUAAUUUAGAUUAUCUGGACACUGUUGAUCAAAUGGAAGUUAUUAGAGGUAUCCUUUUGAAUGAUACCAACAUGGAAGCUUUUUCCAAUGACGUUUAG